CCCCCCCCCCCCCCGGGUCCCGAUCUUCAACCCGCUCGUCUGCUUAAACCCUCGAACUGACGUGUUCAUCCCUUCGUUCUGAAAUCUCGACGUUCGCUCAACACGCCAUCGGAUCACAUCAAACGGCCUGGCUAUCAUGGACACCCAGGACAUAUCAAACGAGAGCCAAUUCCUUGCUCACCUGCGCCAAGUAGAGCGGCGCCAGAAAGAGGCACUUCGUAUGAAGGGCCAACUGGUGCGAGAUCACCCUCCUGCUGAAAAACUGAUCUCAAAGCACAUGAUGAGUUCGCUCAUGUCUUCCAUGGCCUCGUCGUCUCUCCGAAACAACUACACCAUGGCCUUAUCCCAGCUGCCGCCUGCCUAUCCGCCUUGCAUUCGCCCUGUCAGCGAGCUGGAGCCGAUGGCCAUAUCCGAUAUGAGGCUGGAGACGCACCAUCGGGGAAAGAUGAUCCUGAUUCGUGUCCGAACGCCGCCGAAUCGCAUCACGGCUGUCAUGACAAUUGUGGAAGAUGAAGAGGGCACUGCUGUAGUGCUCCAGCUGUACCACCAGCCGGACGAGUCGAUGGUCCCCGCGGAGGAAGUUCUGCAGCCCGACGACGUGUUUAUUCUCAAGGAGCCGUUCUUCAAACGCGCCACCGAUGGGUCCUACUCGCUGAGGGUUGACCAUCCUGGCGACAUUGUUCGGCUUGAGAGCAACGAUGAACGGAUUCCUUCGAAAUGGAGGUCCCGGCCUCUGAUGCAUGGGCAGACGAGCAAGCACAUUCGAUUGCAGGGGAACGAAGCAACACGGAGGGAGCAGUGGGCCGUCGCGGAGCGCUUGUACACUGCUGCCAUCCAGACCGCUUCAACUACGGAAGAGAUCCAACUAGCUCAUCUGAACCGCUCUCUGGCCAAUCUCAGACUGGGACGUCCCGAGCUUGCCUUGUCCGAUGCGAAGAAGGCCAGCGACACAGACUCGCCGUCUGAGAAAGGCCUUUUCCGCCAGGCACGCGCCCUCUAUGAGCUGAGAGAUUUCAAGCAGAGUCUUGGCGCACUUCAAAGGCUUCUGGCAUGCCACCCCGAGAACCAGGCGGCGAAGAUCGAGCUCGGUCGGACCCAAGCUCGGCUCCUCGAGCAAGAGACCGGCGAGUACGACUUCCGCAACAUGUACAAGCAGGCGCAGCAGACUCCUCCCGCCAUCGACUGCGCAACGUUCUCGCGUCUCGUCGAGAUACGCACAUCGCCUGGGCGUGGAUUCGGCCUGUUCACCACCGCUGCAGUGUCAGCUGGUCAGCUCCUGCUCUGCGAAAAGGCUUUCGAGUACACUCACGUUGAUGAAGACGGUCCCCGAAGGACAGCCAUGCUGAUGGAUAUGUCCACCAAGAAAGGUUCCAUGGGUGGACAGGCUGGCCUCCUCACUCAACUCGUGCAGAAGCUACAUCAUAGCCGUACUGCCUUGGCGCAGUACACCGAGCUCUACCAUGGCAACUACGCUGCACCUCCUGUCUCGGAGAUGGAUGGAUUCCCGGUGGUCGACUCAUUUCUGGUGCAGACGUCCGUCCAAGCCAAGUUCGCCACCUGUGGGAUCUGGCUGCUGGCGUCUCGCAUCAACCACUCUUGCUUGGGGAACUGCAGGCGUUCCUUUAUCGGCGACAUGCAGAUUGUUCGGGCGGCCAGCGAUCUCCCUGCUGGCACGGAGCUUCUCUUCUCAUACCGAAGCCCCGAGGUCCUGGAGUCUUACGACGAUGUCCAGAAGGGUCUCAGCGCUUGGGGAUUUCGCUGCAGCUGCGCCCUGUGCCUCAGCAGGAAGGACACUUCCAAAUCUGCUCUCAACAAUCGCAGAAACUUGCUCGAGACCCUCAAGAACAUGCCGGACGGCAUUGAAUCCAAUCCUGCCAAGGCCGAAAGGCUGCUCGGGCAGAUGGAGAAGACGUACCCAUCUGCAUGGCCAGAGGUACCGCGGCUGGAGAUGCGUGAUGCGUACAUCGCGCUGGGGUUCGCGUUGCUGGCCAAGGGAAAGCCGGCAGAAGCCAUCAAGAUGGUUGUGCGUGGCCUAGAAUGCCUCGGCUUCAAGAUUGCGGCCACAACCCUGACCAGCAAUGGAGAGCCGCCCGGACUCGUGGUCGUGAGAUGGGGAAAGUGCGAGGAUUGGACGCCGUUUGCGUUCCUCCAGCUGUACCUUGCGUAUGCGAAGCUGGCGCCUGACGUCUGUGCGGCGGCGAAACGCUGCGCCGGCAUUGCGUACCGUAUCGUCGUUGGCGAGGAUGAGACCUUGUGUGAGACGUUUCCAGAUCUCUUGUAAGUCCAUAUCGUCAAGUGACGGCCGUCGCGCGGAAGCUGGGGUGACGUUGGGGG